AGACGCUUUGUAAAGUCAGGCAAGUUGAAGCUCAGCCACAAGGUGUGAGACUUGCACUGGGACAUUGACUUUGCGGAGGAAAGGCCGUGUAGAUAACUCUGAGAGUAACUGAAUCGAGUCCUUGACUGCUGCUCGGUUGCGUCUGCGCUUCCAGACUCUGACAGUGAACCUGGAAGAUGCUUUCUGGAAUCGUUCAUUUGACAUUAGCAGCGCUUCUGGCGCUGCUGCCACAGUUGUCAUGUUUCAAUGUGGACGAGAAGAACCAGAUGUCAUUCAGUGGACCAGUGGAAGACAUGUUUGGAUACACCGUCCAACAAUUUGAGAACAGUGAGGGAAAGUGGGUUCUGAUUGGUUCUCCUCUUACUGGACAGCCGUCUAAGCGGACCGGAGAUGUCUACAGGUGCCCUGUGGGACAAAACAAAACGACUGGAUGUGAAAAAUUCCUAUUGCCAGAAAACACAACAAUUCCCAACAUAAAUGAAGUGAAGGAAAACAUGACUAUGGGGACGACGCUGGUGGUCAACCCAGACGGCAGUGGCUUUCUGGCCUGUGGUCCUCAGUAUGGCUACAUCUGUGGAAAGCAGCAGUACAUCACUGGGAUCUGCUCAAAUGUCAGCUCCUCCUUCAAAGUCCUCAACUCCAUCGCUCCGACUGUACGAGAGUGCAAGCAGGAUAUGGACAUUGUCAUAGUGUUGGACGGAUCCAACAGCAUCUACCCCUGGGAACACAUCACAGAGUUCCUGGUCAAAUUUCUCCAGAGCAUUGAAAUUGGACCAGCCCGGGUGGGCAUUGUGUCUUACGGAGACGACGUCAGCCACACCUUCAACCUCAGCCAGUUCACUAACACAAAAGACCUUCUUGAGGAAGCUGCUAAAAUACCUCAAAAAACCGGCCACAAAACCAUGACAGCUCUCGGCAUUGAUACAGCAAGGAAAGAGGCCUUUACAGUGGAGCGAGGAGCAAGACCAGGGGUCAAAAAAGUCAUGGUGAUCGUCACAGAUGGAGAGUCACAUGACCACUACAAUUUGAAACAUGUCACCGAUGAGUGUGAAAAAGAUGGGAUUGAGCGGUUCGCUGUUGCUGUCCUUGGUGACUAUAAUCGACAGAAUAAAAGCAUCAACGAAUUAAAGAAGUUUAUUAAAGAAAUUGAAUCCAUUGCUAGCGAUCCCAAAAGUGAUCAUUUCUUCAAUGUGUCGGAUGAAAGAGCAUUAGUGACCAUCGUGGAUGCCUUAGGAAGCAAGAUCUUUGCCUUAGAGGCCACAUCUGAGAACCACACCUCCUCGUUUGAGAUGGAAAUGUCUCAGUCGGGAUUCAGCGCUCACACGUCUAAAGCAGGUGUGAUGCUGGGAGCCGUGGGUGCUUUUGACUGGAACGGGACGGUAGUGAUGCAGUCUGGGCAAGAGUUUGUCGUUCCUAAAAAAAACAGCUUCCACGACCCUGCGGUGCAGAGAUACGAAGGCAUGACAGGAUACCUGGGUUAUGACGUGCAGUCAGCGCACACACCCCACGGGGUGCUGUACAUCACAGGAGCACCACGGUUUAACCACAGCGGGCGGGUCACGGUUUACCGCUUCGAUGGAGAAAAUGUCACCAUAACACAGACGCUGGAAGGAGAGCAGAUCGGCUCCUAUUUCGGCAGUGUUCUCCAGACGCAUGACAUAGACCGUGACAGUUACACUGACAUCCUUCUGGUAGGAGCUCCCAUGUAUAUGGGUCCAGAGAGGAAUGAACAAGGUCAAGUCUACGUCUACAAACUCAACGAGAGCGGGCUGUUUGAACAUGAGAUGACGCUGAAACCGGUGAAUCAGACCUGCUGUACGGCUCACUCCCAGAGCAACUGUAAGAGCGUCAGUAAGAACGAGCCCUGUGGCGCACGCUUCGGCACCGCCAUCGCUGCCGUCCCCGACCUCAACCUGGACGGGUUCAAUGACAUAGUGAUCGGAUCACCUCUGGAGAACGACCACAGAGGGGCAGUGUAUAUUUACCACGGCUCUCAGAAAUCAAUAAAGGAGAAGUAUGUACAGCGCAUUGCUGCCGGAGGAGACGGAGAGAGUAUGAAGUUCUUCGGCCAAUCAAUUCACGGUAUCAUGGAUUUGAAUGAUGACGGCAUCAUUGAUGUCACUAUCGGAGGAAUAGGAGGAGCCGCGCUUUUCUGGUCUCGGGAUGUUGCAGAGCUUCUUGCCAAUAUGACCUUCGACCCUAGCAAGAUCAAUCUGCAACAGACCUGUCAGGUUCAAGGGAGGACCACAGUAUGUGUGAAGACCAUAGUGUGCUUCAAAUACCGAAUCAAGUCUGACAAAGACACAAAGAUAGAAACUGUCAUCAGGUACAGUUUAACGCUGGACUCACUGAGAGCGAUUGCAAGAGGACGGUUUAACCAAACGGACAACAGGAGAGUGCAAAAGAACGAGUCAAUUGUGCACGAGCUUUGCAGAGAGCACACCUUCUACACGUCGGAUAAGCUGGAUUUCAGAGACCCCAUUAUGGUCACGCUGGAAUUCGGUCUAGUGGAUGAAGACUCGGGUCCAGUCCUAGAUGGGGAAUUACCAACGUCACUCAACAAGACUAUUGCAUUAGUGGACUGCGGGAAUGACGAGAAGUGUGUUGCUAAUCUACACCUUAAAGCCACUACAAACAUCUCAAGUCUUCUUAUAAAAAACAGCCAGGAGAAGUUUUAUGUCAGCAUCGACAUCCACAACAGCGGAGACAGUGCUUACAAUACCAAGGUUAUAUUGAGCCACACAGAAAAUCUCAACUAUGUAAAAGUUGAGCCCAAAGAUAAGGACUGUGAAACUAAUUUUACCAGAAUAGUAUGUGCAGUUGGAUAUCCUUUCCUUAAAACCAAUAAAAAGGAAAGUUUCAGAAUCCAGUUUGAGCCCAAUCCCUCUCAUAUUCGUAAGGACAUUGUGAUAAAUGUUACUGCAACUAGUGAUAGUGAGGACAAAGAUUUGAAAGACAACUUUGUGAGUAUCGUCAUCCCUGUGAAGCAUGAAGUCAACCUGAGAUUCUCUUCAAUCAAGUACAUGAAGGGGGACCACAUUGUAUUAAAAGAGAAGGAGAAGAUACCCAGUGUUUUUAACCACACUAGUGUGAUCGGGGACGAGGUGAAAAUCAGCUACAAGCUUGAGAGAGAUCCUGAAAUGCCAAGUCCUCCACUGCUCCUCACGAUAAUGUUCCCAUAUCAAACAGCUGUCAAAAACUUUCUGCUGUAUUUGACAGAUCUCACCCACACAGCGGACAUCAGCUGUUAUACCAGUGGAGUGAUUAACCCUUUAGGCAUCAAGCCUGACAAGCCUUAUCCGGUGAAUCCUAAAAAAGAGACCUUGAGUGUAUAUCUCUUGAGUUGCAAAGAAAAUGGAGAUCAUUGCAUGUCGUUUAGCUGCUUCAUCCCACCUGGAGACAUCAAGCACAUCAACACCACGUUCAGAUUGUGGCGACCCACCUUCAUCAAAGGAGAAUUUUCCAACAUUCACAUGACUGUUGACGCCAAGCUGGAGAGCAAGAACCCGGACCUGUUUGUGUUAAAUGAUAACAUCAAGAUCAGAGAGGUGAAGAUUCAAGUCACCAAAGACGUGCGAAGUGGAAUCCCACUAUGGAUAAUUAUCCUUAGUAUUCUUAUAGGACUUUUAAUACUGUCACUUGUUAUCUUCGCCUUAUGGAAGGCUGGAUUCUUCAAGAGAAAAUCAGUUGAGGACAUGAAGGAAGAGAUGAAGGAUUCUAAUUGAAGGCUUUGGAUCUGUAGCCUCCAACCCUCAGGUCAACUCGUACUAUAAUGCUAGCCAAGGUCAUGGAGAUCACAAAACAGAAGCGUCACCAGGGACAUUCAGGAAUUUGACAAUGAGAGUCAUGUAGAACAUCUGGGUUCACACAUAGCAAAUUAUUGGUCAUACCAAAGAGAACCCAGUGCUUUGCUUGACACUGUGAUUUAUCUUCAUGUUGCUCACUGCAAAAUUUGACUAAAUGCGAACUCAUGUAAACCUUUGAGAUGCCAUAAAAUUUUGCCAAACCCAAAGAGUCAAGCUUGAAAAGCAGAGUACCAAAGAUUCAUCUAGCCUGAACUUGACAUCCCACCAGCCACCCUUAAACCCUCAUCUUUAACCUCCCUACGGCAUUCAUCAUCAGCAUAGCAGGGAUCAGGAACCUGACCUGGCAAUGUCUACAGCGAUCUGCAAUCUUGUAAUCACAACCAGACACUCUUAUUGGCAACCGGUUUCAAUAUGGAGGUCUUUUCCAAUAACUCACUUUUAGAGCUUGUUUUGAUGAACCGCUGUACAGUGAUGUUUUUCAGUUCAAAGUGUUAAUUUUGAUUAGUGUUGUGGGCUAUGAAUAUUGGCACAUUACUUUUUUUGUUGUUGUUCACGAAGUAGUUUUUUGGCACUGACAGUUUUCCCACUUUUUGUCUUCAGGAAUGAGGAGAAAAAGGUCUGUACUGUAAAUGUAAAGCUUUAAAGUGUAUAUAAAAUUAUGUUUGCAAUAUCACAUUAAUGAUAAAUUAAUGACUUUAUCAAAAUGAUUGCGUCAUCUGCAUUGAGUGUGAUACAUGUCUGGUUUUCUGAAGCAGAAAGGAUCUUCAUGCCUGCAUUUCUCAGGUAUUCCAGAUGGUUUCCAGUGAAUGUCUGGAAUUAUAAAAUUGGACUGUAAUC